AAAUGCUUCGAUUGCACACAGUCCUUCGCCAGGUGAGGCCCGUGUCCAGGGCGCUGGCUCCUCAUCUCACUCGGGCUUAUGCCAAAGAUGUAAAAUUCGGUGCCGAGGCUCGAGCCUUAAUGCUUCAAGGUGUCGACCUUUUAGCCGAUGCUGUAGCCGUUACUAUGGGGCCAAAGGGAAGAACAGUGAUUAUUGAACAGAGCUGGGGAAGUCCCAAAGUAACAAAGGAUGGUGUGACCGUAGCAAAGUCCAUCGACUUGAAAGAUAAGUAUAAAAAUAUUGGCGCUAGACUUGUUCAAGAUGUUGCCAAUAACACAAAUGAAGAGGCUGGGGAUGGCACCACCACGGCUACUGUGCUGGCACGCUCCAUCGCCAAGGAAGGCUUCGAGAAGAUCAGCAAAGGUGCUAAUCCCGUGGAAAUCAGGAGAGGUGUGAUGUUAGCUGUUGAUGCUGUGAUUUCUGAACUUAAGAAGCAAUCUAAACCUGUGACAACCCCUGAAGAAAUAGCUCAGGUUGCUACAAUUUCUGCAAAUGGAGACAAAGAAAUUGGCAACAUAAUUUCUGAUGCAAUGAAAAAGGUUGGAAGGAAAGGCGUCAUCACUGUAAAGGCAAGUGUGUUUUCCAUGUUGUUUUGAAACGUUCAUUGUUUCGCAGGUCAGAAAUGUGAAUUCCAAGAUGCAUACGUUCUGUUGAGUGAAAAGAAAAUUUCUAGUGUUCAGUCCAUCGUACCUGCUCUUGAAAUUGCCAAUGCUCACCGCAAGCCCCUGGUCAUAAUUGCUGAAGAUGUUGAUGGAGAAGCUCUCAGUACUCUCGUUUUGAAUAGGCUAAAAGUUGGUCUUCAGGUUGUAGCGGUCAAAGCUCCAGGUUUUGGAGACAAUAGGAAGAACCAGCUUAAAGACAUGGCUAUUGCUACUGGUGGUGCCGUGUUUGGAGAAGAAGGUUUGACUCUCAACCUAGAAGACGUUCAGCCUCAUGACUUAGGAAAAGUUGGAGAGGUCAUUGUGACCAAAGAUGAUGCCAUGCUCUUGAAAGGAAAAGGUGACAAGGCUCAGAUUGAAAAACGUAUUCAAGAAAUCAUCGAGCAGUUAGAUACCACAACUAGUGAAUAUGAAAAGGAAAAACUAAAUGAACGCCUGGCCAAACUCUCAGAUGGGGUAGCUGUGCUGAAGGUUGGUGGGACAAGUGAUGUGGAAGUGAAUGAAAAGAAAGACAGAGUCACAGAUGCCCUCAAUGCCACCCCAGCUGCUGUGGAGGAAGGCAUUGUUCUGGGAGGGGGCUGUGCCCUGCUUCGGUGCAUUCCCGCCUUGGACUCUUUAACUCCAACUAAUGAAGAUCAAAAAAUUGGUAUAGAAAUUAUUAAGAAAGCACUAAAAAUUCCUGCAAUGACCAUUGCUAAGAAUGCAGGUGUUGAGGGAUCGUUGAUAGUUGAGAAAAUUUUGCAAGGUUCCUCAGAAAUUGGUUAUGACGCCAUGCUUGGAGAAUUUGUGAAUAUGGUGGAAAAAGGAAUCAUUGAUCCAACUAAGGUUGUAAGAACUGCUUUACUGGAUGCUGCUGGCGUGGCCUCUCUGUUAACAACAGCAGAAGUUGUGGUCACAGAACUUCCCAAAGAGGAGAAGGACCCUGGGAUGGGUGGGAUGGGCGGCAUGGGAGGAGGGAUGGGAGGCGGCAUGUUCUAGCCUGGAAUAGAGCUUUACCGUCAUCACUGAGGACUGAGAGGAAGCUCAGGGCAUCUCCUCACCUAUAACUUCAGAGAAGUCAGUUGAAGGAAGUGACUGAAGAAAAGGCUGGCUGAUGUUCAAGAAAAUCACUCUAAUCAGGAGUUACUGGUUUCAGUUGACAACAUACAAUGGUUUACUGCUGUCAUUGUCCAUGCCUACAGAUAAUUUAUUUUGUAUUUUUGAAUAAAAAUACAUUUGUACAUUCCUGAUAAGUGCAAGAGCCAUGUACCAAUGUACUGCUUUCAACGUAAAUCCCUGAGGCAUUUUUACUACUAUUCUGUUAAAAUCAGGAUUUUAGUGCUUGCCAUCACCCGAUGAGAAGUGAAGAAGCAGCCUUUCUGUGGAGAGUAAGAAUAACUGUACAAAGUAGAGAAAUACCAAUUAUGUGACCUUUGUGUAAUAAAAUUUGUUUAACGUUAA